CAAAGGCUCAAGGGUGGCUUGGGGGGAGGCUGUGCCAAAUCAGACUUGUGGCUCACUCCCGGAUGAGAAGAACCUUAAGAUAGGAUGUGGGGUCUCCUCACUGUCCCAGUCCCUGUCUUUGCAAAAUGUGGUCUGCCAUUCAGCAGCUCAGCAAACCUGACAAGGAGCAGGCACCAUGGAUUCCUUUAAGGUGAUACUAGAGGGGCCUGCACCUUGGGGCUUCCGGCUGCAGGGGGGCAAGGACUUCAAUGUGCCCCUCUCCAUCUCCCGGGUGCUUCCUGUCUUUCUAGAUACUCGGGAAAGGAAGUGGUCCACAAUUUCCCAACCCCUCUCCAGGACCCAGCUGCUCCUGUCCACGCCAAGGCUCCCACCUCAGGCUCGGCUCCCAGGAGCUAGCCCAUGGCGUCACUUCCCCAUGCCCAUUAUAAGGGGUUGUUGGAUUGAACUAAAGCUUACUCCCGGAGGUAAAGCUGCACAGGCCGGUGUGGCUGUGGGUGACUGGGUACUGAACAUCGAUGGUGAGAAUGCUGGGGGCCUCACGCACAUUGAGGCCCAGAACAAGAUCCGUGCCUGCGGGGAGCGCCUCAGCCUGGGUCUCAGCAGGGCCCAGCCUUCUCAGAGCAAACAGCAGAAGGCACAGGCCCCCGCCGCGGAGUCCCCGCGGUACAUCUUUGCACCCAGCGUCUCCCUCAACAAGACGGCCCGGCCCUUUGGGGCGCCCCUGCCCGCUGACAGCGUCCCGCAACACAAUGGACAGCCGCUCCGACCGCUGGUCCCAGAUGCCAGCAAGCAGCGGCUGACGGAGGACACGGAGGACUGGCGGCCGCGGCCCGGGACAGGACAGUCCCGUUCCUUCCGCAUCCUCGCUCACCUCACAGGCACCGAGUUCAUGCAAGACCCGGAUGAGGAGCAUCUGAAGAAAUCAAGAUCUUACAGCCAGGUGCCCAGGACAGAAGCCCCAGCCCCAGCUUCAGCUACACCCCAGGACCCCUGGCCUGGCCCUACCACCCCUAGCCCCACUAGCCGCCCACCCUGGGCUGUGGACCCUGCAUUUGCUGAGCGCUACGCCCCGGACAAGACAAGCACGGUGCUGACCCGGCACAGCCAGCCAGCCACACCCACACCUCUGCAGAACCGCACCUCCAUCGUGCAGGCAGCCUCUGGAGGGGGCACAGGAGCGGGUGGUGGCAGCAAUGGCAAGACUCCUGUAUGCCACCAGUGCCACAAGGUCAUCCGGGGCCGUUAUCUGGUGGCACUGGGCCAUGCAUACCACCCCGAGGAGUUUGUGUGCAGCCAGUGUGGAAAGGUUCUGGAAGAGGGCGGCUUCUUUGAGGAGAAGGGUGCCAUCUUCUGCCCCUCCUGCUAUGAUGUGCGCUAUGCACCCAGCUGUGCCAAGUGCAAGAAGAAGAUCACAGGCGAGAUCAUGCAUGCCCUGAAGAUGACCUGGCAUGUGCAUUGCUUCAUCUGCGUGGCCUGCAAGACACCCAUUCGGAACAGGGCCUUCUACAUGGAGGAAGGUGCGCCCUACUGUGAGCGAGACUAUGAAAAGAUGUUUGGCACAAAAUGCCGUGGCUGUGACUUCAAGAUUGAUGCUGGGGACCGCUUUCUGGAGGCCCUGGGCUUCAGCUGGCACGACACAUGUUUUGUGUGUGCGAUAUGUCAAAUCAACCUGGAAGGAAAGACUUUCUACUCCAAGAAGGACAAGCCCCUCUGCAAGAGCCAUGCCUUCUCCCACGUGUGAAUCCCUCCCACCCACUGCUGCCUCACCCAGCCCAGCUGCCGGGGUCGGCUGCUUCUUUGAGAGUCAUCGCUCCAGACUCCUGGGUAGGGUUGGCAAAGGUCAUCCCAACCCCAACUCUUGGCCCAAGCCUGGGGUUUGAGGCACUGCCCUAUCCCCUUCUUCUCCUACUCCCCCCACCACCAUCACACACCGGUGCUGGCUGCACCGGCUCCUGUUCACCACCAGUGCCACAAUAAACCUAUGUACAGCUGUG